AUGGAAGCUUGUUACUCUCAACAGAAAUUUAAUGUCACCACGUACAAUGUCGUGGCAAUUUCCCUCAUCUCCCUGCAGACAUUUGCUGGCAUGUGGAUAAACGCUUUCAUGUUUUCUGUGCUUUGCAUUGCUUGGGUCAGAAAGAAAAGCUCUAACUCCAAUGAGAAGAUCUUGGUCUUUCUGGGAUGCACCCGGUUCUGGUACUUGUGCUUUUCAUGGGUCGGUUCCAUUAUCGAAAAUAUUUUUCACUUGUGCCUUUGUGUUAAUCACCUAUCACAACUCCUUUCAGGUAUUCUGACAUUUUUCAGUUGUUCCAGCCUGUGGGUUUCUGCCUUCCUUUCUGUUUUUUACUGUAUCAAAAUUGCAAAUUUCCAGCACAGCUUCUUCAUCCACCUGAAAGUGAAAAUUGACAGGAUCGUGCCAUGGGUGCUCUUGGGUUCACUCCUUUUUUCUCUCUGGAGACACAAACACAAGAUGCAGAUGAAGUCACUGAAGAACGUCAGCAUGGAUGCCCACAUCAAAGCCAUGAAAUAUAUUCUGUCCUUUUUCUUCCUGCACAGCAUCCACUUUAUCUGUUUGGUCUUGGUAAUGAUUUAUGAAUCAAAUGAGGCAAAUGCUGUGAACAUUUUCCUUCUAUUCUUUGAGCAUGCUUUACCAGCAGUUCAUUCUCUGAUCCUGAUUUUCAGCAAUCCCAAACUGAAAAAGACACUGCUGACCCUGUCCUGUGUGAAGUGCAAGAUUUGCAUGAGGCAGGAAAUGUCAUAA